AUGGCAGCCUUGAUGGACAUUGAGAAGGACCUGACACCAGAGCUAGAGAAUGGAGGUGGUCUCUUUGAUCCUGACCAUAAUGAUGUAGAAAUGUCAAGACUGACCUCAAAGACUGCACUUGUGAGCCCUACCAGUGAGGACUUUGACAUGCUUCAAGAAGACAUUAAGACGAGGAUCAUGGACACACAAGGAGAGACAAUUUACGAAAUAGGAACAGGCGAGGGUGACAUACCUGGCUUGAAAGAGGAGGAUUUUAAUGCAUCAGUGGCUACCCUUCGCAGCAUUGCCGAAUCUCUGGAUCUAGAAUGUGUUUUACUGAGGGAGAGAAUUGUGGAAGAAGGCAAGGCAGCAGAGUUUUUACUUCGGAAAAGGUUACAGUCUGAGGAUUUUAUGGAAGUCAGAGUAGCGGUAGUUGGAAAUGUGGAUGCUGGUAAAAGCACAUUACUUGGUGUCCUAACGCAUGGAGAUUUGGAUAAUGGAAGGGGAAUGGCCAGACAGAAAUUAUUUCGACACAAACAUGAAAUGGAGUCUGGACGGACAAGUAGUGUUGGCAAUGACAUCCUUGGUUUUGAUGCUUCAGGCGGUGUUGUUAAUAAACCUGAGCAUGGACAUCUGGACUGGAUAAAAAUUUGUGAAGAAGCAGCCAAAGUUGUUACAUUCAUUGAUUUGGCCGGACAUGAGAGGUACUUGAAGACAACCGUUUUUGGUAUGACCGGACAUGCACCAGAUUUUGCUAUGCUGAUGAUUGGAGCUAAUGCAGGUGUCAUAGGAAUGACCAAAGAGCACUUAGGUCUGGCCCUGGCUCUGAAUGUCCCAGUGUUUGUUGUCGUCACAAAGAUCGAUAUGUGUCCACCCAAUGUCCUGCAGGAGACCCUGAAGCUCUUGACCAGGAUCCUUAAGUCUCCAGGAUGUCGGAAGAUCCCGGUCUUAGUACAAAAUACAGAUGAUGUGGUUGUCACAGCAACAAAUUUUACUUCGGAGAGAAUGUGUCCAGUGUUCCAAGUUUCAAAUGUCACAGGAGAGAAUCUGGACCUACUAAAGAUGUUUCUAAACCUGCUGUCUACCAGAGUCAGGUGUGACGCUUCUGAGCCGGCAGAGUUUCAGAUAGAUGAUACAUUUUCUGUACCUGGUGUGGGCACCGUUGUGUCGGGAACAUUGUUACAAGGGCAGAUCAAGCUCAACGACACGUUAUUACUUGGACCUGAUGCCCUUGGUCAGUUCCAGCCGGUGCCCAUCAAAAGUAUUCACCGAAAACGAAUGCCGGUGAGAGUGGUCAAAGGUGGGCAGACAGCGUCAUUUUCUCUGAAGAAGAUCAAGCGAGCUUCAAUUCGGAAAGGUAUGGUUAUGGUUUCAUCUAAAAUUGAGCCAAAGGCCUGCUGGGAGUUUGAGGGGGAAAUCCUUGUGCUGCAUCAUCCAACCACAAUCAGUGUCAAAUAUCAGGCAAUGGUGCAUGUGGGAAGUGUACGACAGACAGCAACCAUUAUAAGCAUGACCCAAGAGCAUCUCCGGACAGGAGACAAAGCCAUAGUGAGGUUCCGUUUUAUUAAAAAUCCAGAGUAUUUAAAAACGGACAUGAGGAUGGUAUUCAGGGAGGGUAGAACAAAAGCUGUUGGGAACAUUACCAAACUGUUUCCCCAUGUCAGUGCUGUGGCCCAAAACACGCGGCACCAGCGCUCUGCCAAGAAAGCGCAGCAGGACAGUGGCAAGCAUUCUGUGAAUCCACAGAAUGAGCCACAGAAAGCCAGCAAGAGAAAUCGCAGAGCAAAGAAGAUGCCAGACUUUGAGGAUGGUGAAGGAAAGGAAAAUGCUGUUGUUGGAAAAACCAACAGUGAGUCUGCAGUGCCAUCCUGUUCAUCUUCGUUAUCAGCAUCAUCAUCAUCUUCAGCAACAACAACAACAGCAGCAACACCAACAGCAGCGGCAGCAGCGGCAAAUUAG